AUGGCGGACGGUACAAAAGAAGAUGGCGAUCUUACUGUGCAAGAUAUCAAUGGCAACAAAGAAGAGGACAUAAAGAACCUUCAGACUGCAAUCGAACUGGUCAAGCGUGAUCGAGAGGUCUUCGAGAAGAAGUUGAAUGAGUUGCGAGGCGUGUUUUAUGAAGAACACGAAAAUCUUGAUCUUGAAGUUUCUGAGAACGUUCAAGGAAUUGAACCGAAAAUGUACGGUUCCAAUGAGAUUCGGAAACGGUCUUCUCAACCAAACCAAGAGAAUGAAAUUCCCGACAAAUUUUCGAAAGUAAGAGACGGUGUUCAAGAACUAGACCAAAAGAUGUAUAAUUUUGAAACUGAGUCGAUACAUGACAAGAGAAGCACAGAGGAAAUGGGGGCGAAAAAAGGAGUAAUCGAGUUGNAAGCAAAACUGGAGUCACCACUGGAUCAAUCAGAGAAACUGCAACCGGUUGAUCGUGAUCGGAGAGACAAAUUUCAAAGCCAAAUGAAGAAAAUCAAAGCAAAACUGGAGUCAAAACUGGAUCAAUCAGAGAAACUGCAAAUGUUGAAUGGUGUUGCAUCAAGGGGGAAUUCGCAGGAUGCAGAGAAUAUCACGAAGGUAUUGAAGCGGAUCGCUGUUGUCACUGCUCUGUUUUGCCUCAGUAUCUUGAAGGCAAAUGCACGGAAGAGCAAGAAGUGA